UGGCAAAGCAAAUCCACAUGUUUCAAUUUCGUCAUGUAAAUAUUAAAUAAUUUUUGUAUAAUUUGAAACUCGAAUUGUGAAUUGGUUUAGUAGAUACUAAGUUUCGAAUAGUAAUAAAUUAAAUGCAUUAAUGAUAAGAUUGUGAUAAGAGAAACACACCGUACUUUUAAACAAACGACGAGAAUCUCGUCACGAGAUUGCACUUUAAAACUUUUUUUUAUACAAAACUCCAGUUUUUGAGAUCUUAUUACGGACAGUACUCAAUUUCAACUAUGGGGAAUAACAUGUUUAAAACUGUCUUCGACCCCGUGAAGGACCCUGAUAUCAUCUUGGUGGACAAAGAUAACUUACUCUUUCUCCGUGCUAAAAAACAUCGCGACGAAAUGACCGGCUGGGAACGGGUACGACUUAUCUUUACAAGAGACGAAUGUGGUAAUAUCACGCCUGAAAUACAUCGGAUAAAGGAUGCCACCCUUAUUGCUCUAUUUGUUGGCGGAAUCAUGGGUGGCAUUGGGAGGUCAAGGAUUGCUUACAUGGACUUUUUUAGAAGGAACACGGUCACGCAGUUUGAAACCCCUUUGCAAGCCAAGAAAGCGCUACAAGACCAGGUCACCAUCGGAAUGGGGGCAGGAGCAUGGAGAAUUGGGUGGAGAAUGUCUGCUUUCACUUUUGUCUACAUGACGGGAUCCACAUUAAUUUCCAGUUAUCGUGGAAAACAUGGAAUAAUGGAUCAAGUCGUUGGGGCUGGAAUGGCUGGGUUUCUGUACAAAUUUAGAGACGGUCCUAAAGCCACUUUAGCUGGGACUCUUUUCGGAAGCUUGCUCGGACUCACGGCUGGAACAUUCACGCUCGCAAGUAUCAAAUUACUCGGCAUGGACAUGGAAAGUGCUAAUAUGGAGUAUUAUUUAAGACUUAACAAAAAACUUGAGAAUGAAAAGGAACGAAUACGCCAAAUGAGGGAGGCAUCGGAUGAUGUCCCCAGCAUAGAAAAAAUGCAUGAAUUGUUUGUGGCUUCGAUGAAUGCGAAAAAAGAAGUAGAAGAUGAUGAAGAAGACGACGACGACAAAGAGAAAGAUGACAAAUCUUUAGAGAAAAGUCCAAAUAAUGUACAGCAAUCUACAACAUCUGAGAAAGUGGAAAGUAGAAUGCAAUCUAUGCAGGAAAGUCAUGUGAAAGUUACAUGAAUUAAGUUAAAGUUAGUUAGUAAAUGGUGUGUUGUAUUGCAAAUAGUUAGAUCCUAGUCAGUGAACUUUAUUCUGUUUGCAAUAAAAUGAUUUUUUGUUGAUGAAGUAAAUAUAAUUCAAGAUGUACUGGAA